AUGCCAAGUCAAUAUCUAUCUAUCUAUCUAUCUAUCUCAUCUAUCUAUCAUGACUAUCUAUCUAUCUAUCUAUCUAUCUAUCUAUCUAUCUAUCUAUCUAUCUAUGCAUUUCAAUAUCUAUCUAUCUAUCUAUCUAUCUAUCUAUCUAUCUAUCUAUGUGUUGUGACCUACGAAAAUCCAAAGAGUACACAGCAUCGAUGCCGAAAUCAAGAGACCAAAGAGUACACCGAAAUCAAGAGAUCCAAAAUCAACAGCAUCGACUCCGAAAUCCCAAAGAGUACACAGCAUCGACUCCGAAAUCAAGAUACCAAUAGAGUACACAACAUCCACUCCAAAGACCCAAAGAAUACACAGCAUCGACUCCGAAAUCAAGAGACCCAAAGAGUACACAGCAUCGACGCCGAACUCAAGAGACCCAAAGAGUACACAGCAUCGACUCCGAAAGCAAGAGACCCAAAGAGUACACAACAUCCACUCGAAAUCAAGAGACCCAAAGAAAUCGACAAAAUCAAGAGACCCAAAGAGUACAACAUCGACUCCGAAAUCAAGAGACCCAAAGAGUACACAGCAUCGACUCCGAAAUCAAGAGACUCAAAGUGUACAAACAUCCACUCCGAAAUCAAGAGACCCAAGGAGUACAGCAUCGACUCCGAAAUCAAAGAGACCCAAAGAUCAUCGACUCCGAAAUCAAGAGACCAAAAGAGUACACAGCAUCGACUCCGAAAUCAAGAAACCCAAAGAGUACACAGCAUCGACUCCGAAAUCAAAGAGACAAAGAGAGUACAACACGAAAUCAAGAGAUCCAAAGAGUACACAGCAUCGACUCCGAAAUCAAUCGAGAAAUCAAAAUCCAAAGAGUACACAGCAUCGAUGCCGAAAUCAAGAGAUCCAAAAGUACACAACAUCGAUGCCGAAAUCAAGAGAUCCAAAGAAGAUCGAUCCGAAAUCAAGAGAUCCAAAGAGUACACAGCAUCGAUGCCGAAAUCAAGAGAUCCAAAGAGUACACAGCAUCGAGAGUACACAGCAUCGACUCCGAAAUCAAGAGAUCAAAGAGUACACAGCAUCGCAUCGAUGCCGAAAUCAAGACUCCAAAAUCAAGAGAUCCAAAGAGUCCAAAAAUCAAGAGACCCAAAGAGUACAACAUCCACUUCGAAAUCAAAAGAGAUCCAAAGAGUGCACAGCAUCGAUGCCGAAAUCAAGAGAUCCAAAGAGUACACAGCAUCGAUGCCGAAAUCAAGAGAUCCAAAGAGUACACAGCAUCGAUGCCGAAAUCAAGAGAUCCAAAGAGUACACAGCAUCGAUGCCGAAAUCAAGAGAUCCAAAGAGUACACAGCAUCGACUCCGAAAUCAAGAGAUCCAAAGAGUACACAGCAUCGAUGCCGAAAUCAAGAGACCCAAAGAGUACACAACAUCCACUCCGAAAUCAAGAGACCCAAAGAAUACAUAGCAUCGACUCCGAAAUCAAGAGACCCAAAGAGUACACAGCAUCGAUGCCGAAAUCAAGAGAUCCAAAGAGUACACAGCAUCGACUCCGAAAUCAAGAUAUCCAAAGCCGAAAUCAAGAGAUCCAAAGAGUACACAGCAUCGAUGCCGAAAUCAAGAGAUCCAAAAAGUACACAGCAUCGAUGCCGAAAUCAAGAGAUCCAAAGAGUACACAACAUCGAUGCCGAAAUCAAGAGAUCCAAAGAGUACACAAUCGAUGCCGAAAUCAAGAGAUCCAAAGAGUACAAAGAUCGACUCCGAAAUCAAGAGAUCCAAAGCAUCGACUCAAAAUCCAAUAGAGUACACAACAUCCACUCCAAAUCAAGAGUACACACAGCAUCGACUCCGAAAUCAAGAGACCCAAAGAGUACACAGCAUCGACGCCGAACUCAAGAGACCCAAAGAGUACACAGCAUCGACUCCGAAAUCAAGAGACCCAAAGAGUACACAACAUCCACUCCGAAAUCAAGAGACCCAAAGAGUACACAACAUCCACUCCGAAAUCAAGAGACCCAAAGAGUACACAGCAUCGACUCCGAAAUCAAGAGACCCAAAGAGUACACAGCAUCGACUCCGAAAUCAAGAGACCCAAAGAGUACACAACAUCGACAAAUCAAGAGACUCAAAGUGUACGAUCCACUCCGAAAUCAAGAGACCCAAAGAGUACACAGCAUCGACUCCGAAAUCAAGAGACCCAAAGAGUACACAGCAUCGACUCCGAAAUCAAGAGACUCAAAGUGUACACAACAUCCACUCCGAAAUCAAGAGACCCAAGGAGUACACAGCAUCGACUCCGAAAUCAAGAGACCCAAAGAGUACACAGCAUCGACUCCGAAAUCAAGAGACCAAAAGAGUACACAGCAUCGACUCCGAAAUCAAGAAACCCAAAGAGUACACAGCAUCGACUCCGAAAUCAAGAGACCCAAAGAGUACACAACAUCCACUCCGAAAUCAAGAGAUCCAAAGAGUACACAGCAUCGACUCCGAAAUCAAGAGAUCCAAAGAGUACACAGCAUCCAAAAGAUCACAGCAUCGAUGCCGAAAUCAAGAGAUCCAAAGGGUACACAGCAUCGAUGCCGAAAUCAAGAGAUCCAAAGAGUACACAGCAUCGAUGCCGUAAUCAAGAGAUCCAAAGAGUACACAGCAUCGAUGCCGAAAUCAAGAGAUCCAAAGAGUACACAGCAUCGAUGCCGAAAUCAAGAGAUACAAAGAGUACACAGCAUCGACUCCGAAAUCAAGAGAUCCAAAGAGUACACAGCAUCGAUGCCGAAAUCAAGAGAUCCAAAGAGUACACAGCAUCGACUCCGAAAUCAAGAGAUCCAAAGAGUACACAGCAUCGACUCCGAAAUCAAGAGACCCAAAGAGUACACAACAUCCACUUCGAAAUCAAGAGAUCCAAAGAGUACACAGCAUCGAUGCCGAAAUCAAGAGAUCCAAAGAGUACACAGCAUCGAUGCCGAAAUCAAGAGAUCCAAAGAGUACACAGCAUCGAUGCCGAAAUCAAGAGAUCCAAAGAGUACACAGCAUCGAUGCCGAAAUCAAGAGAUCCAAAGAGUACACAGCAUCGAUGCCGAAAUCAAGAGAUCCAAAGAGUACACAGCAUCGAUGCCGAAAUCAAGAGACCCAAAGAGUACACAAUCAAGAGCAUCGAUGCCGAAAUCAAGAGACCCAAAGAGUACACAACAUCGAUGCCGAAAUCAAGAGAUCCAAAGACACACAUCGACUCCGAAAUCAAGAUAUCCAAAGUGUACACCCCGAAAUCAAGAGAUCCAAAGAGUACACAGCAUCGAUGCCGAAAUCAAAGAGAUCGAUGCCGAAAUCAAGAGAUCCAAAGACACAGCAUCGAUGCCGAAAUCAAGAGAUCCAAAGAGUACACAGCAUCGACUCCGAAAUCAAGAGAUCCAAAGAGUACACAGCAUCGACUCCGAAAUCAAGAUACCAAUAGAGUACACAACAUCGACUCCGAAAUCAAGAAACCCAAAACACAGCAUCGACUCCGAAAUCAAGAGACCAAAAGAGUACACAACAUCGAUGCCGAAAUCAAGAGAUCCAAAGAGUCAAAUCGACUCCGAAAUCAAGAGAUCCAAAGAGUCGCAUCGACUCCGAAAUCAAGAGAUCCAAAGAGUACACAGAUGCAAAUCGAGAUCCAAAGAGUGCCGAAAUCAAGAGAUCCAAAGAGUACACAGCAUCGAUGCCGUAAUCAAGAGAUCAAAGAGUACACAACAUCGAUGCCGAAAUCAAGAGAUCCAAAGAGUACACAGCAUCGAUGCCGAAAUCAAGAGAUCCAAAGAGUACACAGCAUCGACUCCGAAAUCAAGAGAUCCAAAGAGUACACAAUCGAUGCCGAAAUCAAGAGAUCGACUCCGAAAAUCAAGACAUCCAAAGAGUACACAGCAUCGACUCCGAAAUCAAGAGACCCAAAGUACACAACAUCCAAAAUCAUCCAAAGAGUACACAACAUCGAUGCCGAAAUCAAGAGAUCAAAGAGACACAGCAUCGAUGCCGAAAUCAAGAGAGAUCAAGAGUACACAGCAUCGAUGCCGAAAUCAAGAGAUCCAAAGAGUACACAGCAUCGAUGCCGAAAUCAAGAGAUCCAAAGAAUACACAGCAUCGACUCUCUCAAGAAAAAGAGUACAAGCAUCGAUGCCGAAAUCAAAGACCCAAAGAGUACACAACAUCCACUCCGAAAUCAAAGAGACCCAAAGACCCAAAGCAUCGACUCCGGGAAAUCAAGAGACGACUCGAUGCCGAAAUCAAGAGAUCCAAAGUACACAGCAUCGACAAAUCAUCGACUCCGAAAUCAAGAGACCAAAAGUGUACAGCAUCAAAUCAAGAGAUCCAAAAGUACACAGCAUCGAUGCCGAAAUCAAGAGAUCCAAAGAGGCACAGCAUCGAUGCCGAAAUCAAGAGACCCAAAGAGUACACAGCAUCGACUCCGAAAUCAAAGAGACCAAAAUCAAGAGUACACAGCAUCAUCGACUCCGAAAUCAAAGAAACCCAAAGAGUAAAGAAUACACAGCAUCGACUCCGAAAUCAAGAGACCCAAAGAGUACACAACAUCGACGCCGAAAUCAAGAGACCCAAAGAGUACACAACAUCCACUCCGAAAUCAAGAGACCCAAAGAGUACAUAGCAUCGACUCCGAAAUCAAGAGACCCAAAGAGUACACAACAUCCACUCCGAAAUCAAGAGACCCAAAGAGUACACAGCAUCCACUCCGAAAUCAAGAGACCCAAAAGAGACUCCAAAUCAACAUCCACAUCCUCCGAAAUCAAGAGACCAAAGAGUACAUAG